UCAGCAUCAGCCCCUGUGAUAUCGCGAGAACACGAUGCUCCGCGAGAUCCAGCAGCGCUCCUGAGCUCAGCCUGAAGAUCUCCGAGUGACAGCGGAGACCUGCUGGAUCUCAGCGACCGGGACCAGGACCGGGACCAGAGCGGAAUGGAGGAGGACAGCCAGAAACCGGAGCACCGGAGGAACAACGUCCCCAGAAGACAAACAGCAGGCUCGCGCGCUGACAGCAGCGAUGUUCAGAAAUGGAGAGGAAGACUCAAAUGUCACUGUGGCAAAUCCUUCACAACAUCGGGAUCUUUAAAGAUUCAUCAGAGAGUUCACACUGGAGAGAAACCGUACAGCUGCGACCAAUGUGGAAAAACGUUCAGUAUAUCAGGUAACCUUAAAAUGCACCAACGUGUUCACACUGGAGAGAAACCAUACAGCUGCGACCAAUGUGGGAAAACGUUCAGUAUAUCAGGUAACCUUAAAAUGCACCAACGUGUUCACACUGGAGAGAAACUAUACAGCUGUGAUCUAUGUGGGAAGGCUUUCACUAGAGCAGAUCACCUAAAAGUGCACCACCGACGUUUUCAUACUGAAGAGAAACCAUACAGUUGUGAUCUCUGUGAGAAAGCUUUCACUUCAUCAAGUGAACUUAAAAUCCACCACCGUGUUCACACUGGAGAGAAAGCAUACAGCUGUGACCAAUGUGGGAAAACUUUCUCUCAGUCAGCUACUUUGAACAUUCACCGACGUGUUCACACUGGAGAGAAACCACACAGCUGUGACCAGUGUGGGAAAGCUUUCACUGCAUCGGGUGAUCUAAAUAAGCACAGACGUGUUCACACUGGAGAGAAACCAUACAGCUGUGACCAGUGUGAGAAAGCUUUCACUACAGCGGGUAACCUGAAAAAGCAUCAACGCAUUCAUACUGGAGAGAGACCAUUCAGCUGUGACCAAUGUGGGAAGGCUUUCACUAGACUAAGUCACCUAAAAUUCCACCAACGUAUUCACACUGGAGAGAAACCUUACAGCUGUGAACAAUGUGGGAAAGCUUUCAUCCAAUUAGAUACACUAAAAAUCCACUGCCGUGUUCACACUGGAGAGAAACCAUACAGCUGUGACCAGUGUGAGAAAGCUUUCACUUCAUCAAGUGAACUGAAAAUGCACCGACGUAUUCACACUGGAGAGAAACCGUACUGGUGUGACCAAUGUGGGAAGGCUUUCACUACAUCAGGUAACCUAAAAAGACACCAACGUUUUCACACUGGAAAUAAACCAUACAGUUGUGACCUGUGUGAGAAAGCUUUCGCUACAUCAGGUGAAGUAAAUAGGCACCGACGUGUUCACACUGGAGAGAAACCAUACUGGUGUGACCAAUGCGUGAAAACUUUUAGUUCAUCAGGUGAACUAAAAAUCCACAGACGUGUUCACACGGGAGAGAAACCAUACAAUUGUGAUCUAUGUGUGAAAGCUUUCAGUUCAUCAGGUGAACUAAAAAUCCACAGACGUGUUCACACGGGAGAGAAACCGUACUGGUGUGAACAGUGUGGGAAAACAUUUGCUCAUGGUAGUUCCCUUAAAGCCCAUCAACGCAUUCACACUGCAUCAUUUUGAACAUUUUUCAGAGCUAGCUGUUUCCUCCCUGUCUUGAUAGCUGUGUUGUUAUAUUUUGAGCUUCAUUACAAAUUGAGGGAUAGACAAUACCAACUUUAUAGUUUAAGUAGCAUGUAUGUUGUCAUGGCUACGAUUACACACUUGUUUGGUCGUUCCUGCUGAGUUAGCAGUGUCUGUCCUGCUUUAACGUUUGAGGAUUGUCAUCAUCCACACCAUGUACCAUCAGCGUCAACUCUGAGGUGCAGCAGAUCCAGGUACAAGGAGUGGACGAUGGCAAAUCUGGUUCAUUACGGAAACACGUCAGGUUGGAGGGAGAAAAAACCUAGAAUUUUCCUUAAGGUAUCUGCUGGCGCACCUUAACGACAGGACCCACCUGAGAGGAAAGCUGAGGUAGUGUCUUUUUAUAGUCCUUUUGCAUCUCUUUGUGGUUGUUUUGGCAUCUCUUUAACAAAAACUAAAGUUAAUUGUAAUGUUUAAUCUUUAUAAAUAAAGUAAAUGACUCAGAAGAAGGACACAGUGUGUCAUAGAUGCAAAGCAACAUUCUUGCAUAUUGAAAAUGGUAUGACAACCGCCCUCCUUCUCCCUAGAGUUGGACUCCUUAACUGUGAGUGAGUGAUAAAUUAUCUAAAUUAACUUUCUUUAUCCGCCACCAUUUUUUCGUGAGUAGGGAAGGGUAUCCUUAGGAUUUUACUAUUCUUAUCAAUGCUCUUAUCGGUUAGGUUCUUUAUCAAUACUGUUAUCGGUCCUUUCUCAUUACUAAAUAAUUGCUUUUUAAAUAUGUCAUUAAAAAAACUAAUUCAGAACAGGAUUGGAAUUUAAUAUUUUGAAUAUAACAAUGUUGUUUCUAGAGCAGCAACAGUAAAGUUUCCAACUGCAAAGUCAAUAUAUAGUCUAUAUAAACUCAAUAAUAUCUUACUAGAAACAAAUCUUAAAUGUAAGUAAAAGAAAUGAUAUUCCUGACAUCAAAAUACUGAUUGAUGUCUGUGUUCUGCAACUCUCAACUUCCAUCAUCAGCUCCAGAAAAAUACACGUGUUAGAUUAUUUUUUACCACUUACCCGAUCGGGCAAGUGAGUUGCUAGAUUUACUUGCCUGACAUUUUACUUGCCCAGGGCAAUCGGGCGAUAAUUAUUGUUAAGCCCUGCAUUCAUAUCUGACAGCAGAGACUAUCUGUGAACAGAGACAGGGGUUACCAUCUCCCUCUGAAUACAACCACUGUGUGACCGUGCUGGACUAGCAUCAUGUGAUGACAACUGAGGAAGUUCAAUCUGCUUAAGAAGGCCAUGGGAUAUUGUCAAAAGCUCCAACACAAGAGGUGGUAUGUGAGCCUUGUGUUUAGAAUAAUAUAAUACAGAUGUGUUCCCCAAGGACAAGAACCUCCACGCUUGUUAAAAUAUUGUUUGUGUUCUUAAUACAUAUUCUCUUGUUAUUAUUGUGUUGUAGUUAAAUAUUAUAUUUUCCUCCUUUUGUGUGAUUUUACAUCUAUCAAAAUGGGGGAAAGAGAAAAGUUAAGCUUUGAUGUUUCAUUAUAGAAGUAGGCCUCCUACUACUACGAUGUUCUAUUGCAGUUUCAUGUGUUACUUAAAUCAUCUUUUCAAAACAUGGUCUGUCUAAUAUUUCAUUCAGAUUUAUUUAAAGUUACCUUUUACUUAAUUCAAAGAGAGCCCAUCUUUUUUCCAACAACUUUUCAUUCUUAUUAUUAUCUUGGGAUGUUAAAAACUUAUAUUGUGUUUUUCUAGAUACCCUGCUUUCCCGCAAACAUCUUUUCUAUUAUGUGUAAAACCAGUAGUUGGGUUUUUUUUGGGGGGUUUUUUAAUUUUUUUUUUUUUACAUGUAAUGAAUAUGUGUAUGGUCAGCAUUUGUUUUGUGUAUACUUGUAUACUGGUCGAUGGUUUUCUAAAGUACAUUAUGUUCAUCUUCCAAGUAUAUUCCUGCCAAUAUGGUGAACUUAUGUAGAGGAAAAUAUCUUUGCAGCUCUGAUUCCACUCAUUAUCAGGUAUAGUUGUUUGCAGUUCCUUCUUCCAUUUCUCUUUAAUAUAUUAUCAGUUGUAUUUUCCUGAAGUAUUUGGUACAUUUGUCCAGUUGUGUUUUUGGGGUUGUGGCUUUGGUGAGUCUUUACUGUGUGUCUCAGAAGGGGGUGGAGGUCUCCAGGAGUUGGAGCUUUUUCUCUGAAGUAGCUUCUCACAUGCAAAUAUCGAUAGAAGUAAUUACUAGAGAGACCAUAUCUAUUUGCUAUAUUUUCAAGUCCACUCCUUCUUCAUUGUUAGUCUUGUGAGGCCCUUACCUUCCCAUGUCUUGAAAACAUCAUUAAUACUGUUUGGAGUAAAAUCUGGGUCCCAUGAUAUUUCUCUUAAACAGGUAAUUUCUUCUUCCAUGACUUAUUAUUUUACAUAUUCUUCUCCUGAUUUUUAAUGUGUUCUGCUGUUUAUGGAAUAGUUAUGUAUUUUGAUCUGUUUUUAUUUUCUGUUACUGAAUGUGGUUUUAAGUCUCUGGUUAACACUGUGUGCCCGCAAAUCCUCGGUUAUGCUACUGCUCUUAAUCAGACAGAGCCUGUGCUGGGUAGUAACAGAAGGCGGGUAACAGCCGAGGUAUUGCUAUCAAACAGCUCUUGCCAGAGUCAGAAAGCUUCAAUUAAUAUAAAAUUAUGAAUCCGGCUGACACGUGUGUUGGCAAAAACCCUCAGCCUUGCUACUGCUCCUAAUCAGACAGAGCCCGUGCUGGGGAGGUAAAUAAAGGCGGGUAACAGUCGGGGUAUUGCCAACAAACAGUUUACACCAAAUUAAAAAGUGCAAAAACAUGUAUCUAUAAAUACCAUAAGUUUUUCUGAAGCUGGAAACGCCCUGUGGUGAGGCUCAGCGAGAGAGAGCCCUGCGUGCAGGAAGCCUCGCUUUGUAUAGCUGCAUUCGCAGACCACACGUGCAGCUGCAGAGACAGAUAAGGGAACAGAACGAGGCCAGUCACUGACCACAAACAGGAAAUCAUAAAAAGGACAGGCGGGGGAAAGUACAGCAGGGCCUCUACAUCUAACAACUUGUGUGAAAUCCCCUAACUUUCCAACUCAGAGUUUAUACAUGUUAGCAAGAGUAUAGCAAGAGUGACUAUAAAAUCAAAUGGUAAAAUAAAAGAAUGAUUCAAGGUAAAAUGAUUCCAAGUUUAAAAGAUGUAGAUGAAAUGUGUAAAAUGAUCUUGUCCUCAUGCAGGUGCAAAGUUUAUGACCAGCAGCCACAUGAUCAGAUGUCCCUCUGUCACACAAUUAAUGCUUGGUGUUUGGACAUAUCUGCAUCAGAUUGUCAGGAUGGAUCAGACAUCAAAGAGAUUCUUUCCCAGAUGAAUUACAGGAGUGGACAGAGGUGUGAUGGGGAACAGAAGACAGGGUCGACCAGCGCUGUUGUAUUUCUAUAUCUGUAGCUCUCCUAUACAAGUAUGUGUAAUGAAUAUAUAGUUUUGUGUUGCUUUACUGGAAUUUAGUUUCAUUUGUUGCACUUGGAUUACUCUCAUAUUGCAGUAUUUCUGAUUCAUCGGUCUGUGACAUAAACUACAGCACACAGCAGGUUAGACUGCAGACUGCUGGACUCUUUGUUACCCAAUAUGUCUGCUUUCUGACGGUUUACACAUCAGAAGAUCUCUGUAGUUUUUCUUUACUGAUGAAUAAAGAGUAACUCUGUGCUCAGUU